GUGUGUGUGUGUGUGUGUGUGCUUUGGCAAGUCUGUAACUCAUGGAUAGUAUCACCCGGUCUAUUGAAUGAAUGGCACUCAAUGGCCUUUUUAUUGACUCGCUUGUCACAACACUGAUAGAUUCUUAUCCUCUCUCUCUUCCUGUCUUGAGCCCCUCAUCACACUCCCUUCAUGGCUCCACGUCAAUCAUCAGCUAGAAAGAUGAGGUCCAAAGGUCGACGAACGACUUCAGGUACUACUGGUCUGCGUGACACUGGCCUAUGGUCCCAUUUCAGCUUUCACAUGCCAAAGCUCACCACGUUGGACAAGGUCAACCAAUCGGGCAGUCUGCCACUGGAGGCGUCGACGACUUUCACACCGAUACCCCUACCCCUGGCUCUUGGGUCCGGAACCCAGAGCAACGUCCUUGGCCUAUCAGGGAUGUGCAGCGCCGUCGAUGUGGCAGCAUGCCACUCGACUCCCCAUGGACGAAUACAUGACAAUAUCAACCAUGUUGAUCAGGCCGUAACGAAGAUUCAAUACCAUCAAGAUCUCACAGAAUUCCCAUUUCCUCCCCAAAUGAUAGCCCCCUUCCCUUCCUCUCCAUCUGGUACAGCCCUCGCUCCAUCGUCCGGGCAGGGACACGCUCAAACACCUUCGAUUCAAAUCACCAAUCUCUUAUCUGAAUGGGAGGCUUUCACUCCAUCUUCUGCCUCGUCGUCGUCGUCCUCUUCCUCCUCCUCCUCCUCUCCUGGUAUCAACCCUGAAUUCGCAUCUCAGACGGAUUUCGAAACGCUCGUCUCACCCGAGCCUGCCCUCCCUCUAUCUGACCUGAUACGCGAAGAGUACAUCGAGAUUCAGACUUCUCCUCCUCAGGUCGAGCUCAGCCUCAAAUCCAGCCCAAGACUUCCUCAGCUUGGAUUAAGAGCACUGCACUACGAUGUCAAUAACGAUGGGUUCCGAAUCCCACCUCCCAUGAUUCAGAUCUCCCCCUUUUCAUCCGUCCAAGAACCGUGUAGCCCGCUCUUCUCGCUGUCUAGAUCCGCUUCCAGCCCAGCAUCCCCUUCGGCAUCGUUAACGUCUCCAGCAUGUCAGAUCACAGCCGUCGGUAGCCAUCAGCUGUCAUGGUCGGCCGCAUUGGCCGAAGCCUGUAUACGGAACGGAGGCAGGUGUUUUAGCGUACCCAAUCAGAGAUCAAUGCAGUCCCAAGAGGAUUUGGAAUGGAACUUGGUUGGACUGUGUCCGAAACCUUCCUCUCAUCCUCAAUCGCGUUCACUCCCUGCGAUAAUCGAUCUCGAUCUUCCACCUUCCACUGGUAUCCCUCAACCAGCUUUGAUCGAUAUCUUCUCCCCAGAGUACCAAUUAAGCAAUGUCACCAAUAAGGACCUUGUCCCUGUCCCUGUCGCAGGAAACUUCAAAUACCCAGUGCCACCUCCCACUUCCCGCAGCGCAUCUUCCCCAGCUCGACACCAGACCCUUGGCUCCUUAGCGACGAUCAACGGGCAAAACGACCUGACCCUCACAGCAUCUGCUCGAUACCUCGACGGCCACCGGUUACCACUGGAACUGACGUCCCGAUAUCUCCUUCAAGAUGAACUCGGAUCCGGUGGCUUCGGCUUCGUUUGCUCCGCACUGGUGAUCGACCGUGAAUUUGACGGUAUGGAAGUAGGCUCGGAAGUGGCAGUCAAAUUCAUCUUCAAGGACAAGUUGGGUUACGAUACGUGGGGUGCUUGGCCUGUCGAAGCUAGUAUCUUGGCACAAUGCGAUCAUCCAGGUAUUAUAGGAUUCUACGAGUUGCUAGAAGAUGACAAGUUCUUUUACCUCGUGAGUUGCCGCGGCACCAGACACACACACACACUUGCGAGCACCUAGGGCUGACACUUUCCCAUUCACAGAUCCAAGAACUUCAUGGCGAUCCAUGGGAUCCAUGUCAUACCCUCGAACACCCCCAUGCGGCGGUCCAGGCGUCCUCCGUCCCUCCAGCGCCUCUCGAUCACUCAAAUACCCCAGACGUGACUUCUUGCCCAUCGGUUCUAGUCAAUGCCAAGCCUGAAUUGCUCAAAUCACCGACCGCAUACGAGCCGGACGUCAAUACCUCCUUGCUUCAGAGGCCGAUGAUGGGUCGUAGAGCCAGCCAUG